ACGGAAGGACGGACGGAGGCCAGGCGGUGAGCUGCAGGGGAGGGACUCAGCUGAGUUUCGAGAAGCUGGGACCUCCUGAGCUGUUUGCGAUUUCACUUCCCAGAAAAUGAAACUGAAGCGGGCCGGGGAUCACGUGACCGGCGGCUGGGAAUAAAGGCAGCGGCUUCCUAGGACAGCGCUUCUAGCUCGCAGGGCACAGCCAGAGGGAGGCAUGGAGUGUCCUUCCUGCGGCCAUGUCUCCAAAGAGGAAGCGCCCAAGUUCUGCUGCGAGUGUGGGCGCAGGCUGCCCCCUGCCGCCCCCGCCCCGGAUUCCGAGAACGACCUGAAGGCGACCUCGGUCACCGAAGGGGAGAAGGCGAGUGGACAGGAGCUGGAGGAGGACGGGGCCCCCCAGGUGACCUCGGUCCCCGAGGAGGAGGAGGAGGAGAGUGGACAGGAGCUGAAGGAGGACGGGGCCCCCCAGGUGACCUCGGUCCCCGAGGAGGAGGAGGAGGAGAGCGGACAGGAGCUGGAGGAGGAAGGUGACCCCCAGACGACCUCGGUCCCCGAGGGGGAGAAGGCGAGCGGACAGGAGCUGGAGGAGGACGGGGGCCCCCCCUCAUCUCUGGGCUCCAGUGACCCGCAGGCAGAGCUGGCCCAGCCCAGCCCCCAGGCCUGGAAGAGCCAAAAAAGCAAGAGGAAGAAACAGAAGAAAAAGAACAAAAAGGUGCCCGUGUCCAAAGGGCCGGAGUCCCUGUGCGCCCCCCCCUCCGUGCCUUGUCAUCUCGAAUCGCCUGCGGAUGUUGGGGUCCAGGACGCGGCUCUGCCCCAGAGCCCUGCUCAGCAGGAUGGGGCCCCCAGCCAGCCGCCACCUGGAGGGUGUCUGCAGGGCCAGGCAGCUGGGGCCCCAGAGGCAGACUCGGCAGGGCCAGGCAGCGCAGCACCCCAGGACCAGACUGCAGGAGGUGCCCCCCCAGAAGGGAAGGACCCAGAGGGGCCCGGGGUCCCCGCCUCUGCCAGUAGGAAGGAGGGCGCUGCCCAGGAGCUCCCGCCCCCCGUGCCACAGGGGGACCCCUCGGAGCCAAGGAAUGAGCCACCCGCCAUGGGGCAGCUGGCCGCGCCCCCUGCUUCAGGGGCGACUGACGUGGCGGCCGAGCUGGUGAAGCCAGGGGAGGGGGCUGAGGUCCAGGGGGAGACGCAGAAACCGAAGCUGCCUGGCGCCCCUGCCUCUCCUCCUGCCUCGCAGAAGCAUGGCCAGGAAGCUGAACCCAAAGGCCAGGCUGCCGUUUCUGGGGAGAAAGCCAAGCCGGGAGACCGGAAGAAGCCUGACCAGGGCCACAGGGGCGACACGGCUGCCCCAAAGGGCAAGGGGGGCCGGAAGGAGCUGGAAGCUGACACGCUGGAGGUUCCGAGCAGCCCCCUGAGCCCCGAGGAGGGCGUCACGGUGUUCUUCCACGCCAUCCUCUCCAAGGACUUCAACUUCGACCCCGGCCAGCACCGGCUGUUCAUCCGGGGUGGUGAGGAGCUGGGGAAGCCGGCGUGGCACCGCAACGUGUGCGAGCUGCACGUCACCAAAACGCUGGGCUCGCAUGGGGCCCUCGUCGAAGGCAGCACCGUGCUGCCCAAGCAGCUGCUGGAUCGGCCUGUGCCCUACAAGUACGUGGUGGUGAAGGGCACCGAGUCCACCUUGUACGAGUUCAUCUACAAGCGGCAGGACAGGGAGGGCAAGCACGUCAACCGCUCCCUGCACCUGCGCUCGGCGCUGCUGGGCUCCGGAGACUGGCAUCAGUAUGAUGACAUCAUUUGCAAGCGGCCCACCGGGAAGCUCCGGGAGAUCCGGGAUUACCUCAUGGACCACUUCAGGGACCAGAUGAAGAAGAACGUACAAGGGAAGCAGCUGGCGGCCUCCAUCAUGCUGGACCACGUGCUCAGCGUCCUGCAGACCUGGAGCGCCGUCAACCUGCGCAGCUUCUUCACGCAGUUCCGCCAGCUCCACUCCGUGCUCAGCGAGCCCACGAUCUUCGAGGAGCAGGAGAAGGCCUGGACUGCCUUGAACUAUUCACAGGAGCAGGUGCGGGCGCACCUGUGGGAGUGUUUGCAAAAGCACAUAAAGCCGUUCCUGGAGAGGAGCGAGGACGCUCUGCCUGAGGACCUGCCCGUGAGGAGGAAGCUGAGGAUGGGCCUGGUCGUCCUGCACGUGGCCGAGGAGCUGAAGUGCCACCUCUCAAAGGACCACCUGGGCGCCCUGUGCAGCCUCCUGUGCGCCAGCGCCAGUGCCAGCUCCCCCCGCGACCUCCUGGACGACCUCAGCCUCAUCUUUGAAACGUCUCCGAGGUGGCGAGACUCCCUGCUGGACCUGUGCCGCAGGAGCAUGGAGCUGGCCGUGAGCUCCUGGGUGGGCACCCUGCCGGUGCUCCACCUCUGCGCCGGGGCCCCCGCACGGCAGCCCGGGACUCAGACCGAGGACGUCUGGGCGGCCCUGGAAGGAAUCGCCUUCUCGGAGUUUCGGCGGAAAAGGGAGCACGAGACGCACUUACUCCAGUUCAUGGUGGGCAAGAAGCACCUGCUGGAAGUGGACGAGGCCCUGUUCCGCUCCUGGUUCAGCCUGCUGCCGCUGAGCAGCCUGGCCACCUACCUGCAGGAGUUCACCGACUACCUGGUGUGCUUUCCGGCGCGCGUCCUGGACUGCCUGGUGGGCACCCGCUACCGGCUGCAGGGGCUCAAGAACGUCUCCCACGGAAACCUGGAGGACGUGGACACGACGCUGAAAAUGCUGCUGCACCUGCUGGACAUGUUUCAGGACCAGGUCCUCGAGGCGCCCUCGGUGCCCUCCUACCUCACCGUGUGCCUGAAGCUGCACGAGGCCGUCUGCGGACUCAACCAUGACUGGAAGACUCAUGAGCUGCCCGCCUCGUCGGCCGAGAUCGUCUGCCGCGUCAUCAGGCUGAAACCGGUGGCGGACACCACGGAGGCACAGGGCAGCGACACGGGGACCAGGGCCUCCGUGGAGGCCGUGGUCCAGGAAGCCCUGACCACCACGAGGGCGUGGCUCGUGAGGACCUUCAAGCAGAGCAUGUUUAGGAGCUUCUAUGCCGCAUCCGUCACGUUCACCUACAGCCAGGAGAUCCAGGUGUGGCGGCGGCUGGUGGAGCUCCCCUUCCCCGAGGAGCACGGCUGGAAGGCGUCCUUGCUGGGGGACCUGGCGGGGCGGAUCCAGCAGGAGCCGCCGCGCGAGCAGAUCGCCGCCUACUGCAGCACGGCCUGGGCGGCCGCGGGCGCUGACGACAGCGUGUCCAGGUGCUUCGAGAACUGCGCCAUCGAGGCCGUCAGCUCGGCCUGCCAGGCACAGGUCAGCAUCCUGGAGGGCCUCUCCCCCAGCGACCUGUACCGCUUCGGGACCCUCGUGUCCGCCGUGGUCACCAAGUCCUGGCCCCGGCGCCGCGGCAAGGCCGUGGACGACCUGGCGGAGGUGCUGCGGUACCUGCUCACGGGCCCGGACGUCACGCACCUCUUCAAGCUCUACGGCACCGACGAGAAGAUCCUGGCACACAUCACGGAGGACGGCAAGAAGCUGAUGGCGACGGCCCACUCGGUCUUCACCAAGGUGGCCGAGGACCUGCUGAGCGGCGCAGUGCUGGUGGGGCAGCUGGAGCUGAUCAGGAGCCACGGGGCGCGGUUUCUGGACAUCUGGGAGCUGAAGAGAAAAAGCCUUUCGCCGCAGGAGAAGCAGCAGGACAUGCGGAAAGUGCUGGACUACAGGUUGGAGGAGCUGCGAUUCCUGCAGGAGGAGCGGGGCCGCGUGGACAGCCUGCUGAAGCUGUGCGAGGCGGCCAAGCCCUGGGUGCAAGUGGACUGCAGAGAGAUCGCGGAGAGACACGCCGAGGACCUGGGCGGGAAGCGCCUCAACGACGCGGUGAUGGUACAGCUGUGCCCCACCUCCUGUGCCAUGGAGCGGGUGACGCACUACCGCCUGAGCGCCCGCGUCCGAGAAAUGGCCACGAGGAUAGACUCGCUCAAGGACAGCCACGUCUUCCAGACCUUCUGGGCUGAGGCCGCCUGGGCGUGGGGCACGCGGAAGGAGAAGAAGAAGGAGAAGGAAGAGGAGGAGGAGGAGGAGGAAGAGGAGGAGGAGGAAGAAGAGGAGGCAGAGGAGGGGGAGGGGGAGAGACCGCAGCCGCUCCUGGACCUGGAGGGUGCAUGUGCAGCCCUGUACCUUCCCUGCCUCGGCAAGUUCAGGAAGCUGUACGAGGACCUGAAGGCCGGCGAGGUCACCUUCGGGGAGGUGCAUGACACCUUCAGCGUCUUUGUGGAUAAAUACGAGGACCUCACCUCCGAUCUCCGCGUCAUGUGUGCCCUGGACCCCCGCGACCCGGGUUAUUGGGUCCCGGAGCGAGUGGAGCAGGUCAGGGAAUACCACCACCUGCAUCGGUCUGCCAGGGCGGCCAGGGUCAUCCUGGAGGUCAAAGAGACCUUGGGCCUGACUGGGGACUUCAGUCUUCUCGACUUUGUGCUGAGAAUGACGGACGCCUUCGAGAACUCUCGCGAUGAGACCCUGGGCCAGAUCGACAGGCAGGUCGUCUCUGCCAUCCAGCUGCUGCAGGGCCUGGACGAGGCCCGGUGCCGAUGUCUGCAGGAGCUGGCCCUGGCCAGGGAGCUUGUCCACUGGGUCCGAGAGUCUGUCGAAGGGGUCAACGAGUUGAACGUGUUUGUGGAUCUGGCGUUCAUCUUCGCGGGCGAGAAUGACAUGGACGUGGACCGCGUGGCCUGCUUCCAUGAUGCCGUCCAGGGCUACAGUUCUCUGCUCUACAAGCUGGACGCUAGCGCAGAUUUCCGAGAGUUUGAGCGACACCUGAAGGAGCUGUGGAAGGCGCUGGAAAACGACCCGCACCUGCCCAGUAAGCUGCGGGAUUCCGCCCGGAACCUGGGCUGGCUGAAGACGGUGAAGGAGAGCCACGGCUCAGUGGAGCGCUCGUCGCUGUCACUGGCCAGAGCCAUCAACUGCAGAGGCACCUAUGUGAUCCAGGCGCCCGCCGAGGGCCAGCAGGUCUCCGCAGACACUGUUCUAUGUCUACUCCUCCCCGAGAGCCACCAGGGCCGCCAGGAGCUGCGCAGUUACUCCCUGGAAGAGCUGAAGGAGCUGAUGAACAAGCUGAUGCUCAUGUCGGGCAAGAAAGACCACAACAGCGCUGGCGUGGAGGAGUUCUCUGAGGUGUUCUGCAAUGUGCAGAGGCUGGUGCAGGCCUUCCUGAACCUGUACUCUGCCGGGAGCUUUCUGUUUCGGGCCUGGAAGGUGCAGGUGCACUGCGGCCACCCCGAGCCCGUCCGCAUGCACUUCCGGCUGCCCCCAUUGUCGCUGCGGGGGGGCGAGCCCCUGGUCCCACUGCUGGAGGCGCUGUGCCGGCGGAUGGAGCGCUUCUUGGACGAGUGGGAGGCGGUUGUGGCGCAGAAGCGAGCGGAGCACUUUUACCUCAACUACUACACUGCCGAGCAGCUGGUGCACCUGAGCACGGAGCUGGCGCGGCAGCCGCCCGGGCCCACCGCCCUCGCCAUGCUGUCCUUCAUCAAACGCCAGUGCACCCCGCGGGACGUCGCGGAGGCCUUCAGGGACCCCGAUGGCGAUGGCGAUGGCGAUGGCAAUGGCCGGGCUGCCAUGCAUGAGCUGCGGACAGUGAUGGAGAGAUUGCCCAUCCUGCUCCUCAGUGCGUCCGGCCUGGUGGACAAGCUGGGGGUCAUCAUGGAGCAGUUCCUGGGGUGCACGCGUGCCUUCUUGCCCCACUGCCUGGACCUGGAGGCCCUGGGCCGUGGCCUGGCGCGUCUGGCGGCCAUGGGCGGGCCCCCCGUAAUGCGGGGGCUCCCCAAAGGCCUGCAGGCCGGCCAGCCCAACCUCAUCGUCUGCGGCCACUCGGAGGUGCUGCCGGCCGCCCUGGCCCUGUACAUGCAGAGCCCGGAGCAGCCGCUGCCCACCUACGACGAGGUGCUGCUGUGCGCGCCGGGGACCGCGUUCGAGGAGGUGGCGCUGCUGCUGCGCCGCUGCCUGAGCCCGGGCGCCCCCGGCCGCCGCGUGUACAGCCUGCUGUUCGCAGACCAGCUGAGCUACGAGGUGGCCCGCCGGGCGGAGGUGCUGCUCCGGGGCCUGUGCACUGGGCCGCACCGGGAGGACUUCCAGCUCGUCCUGGUCUGCGACUGCGAGCGGGAGCACUGCUACCUGCCCUCGGCCUUCAGCCAGCACAGAGUCCCCGCCACCCCCCAGGCGCCCCUCACGGCCGCCCAGGACUACCUGGCCCGCCACUACCAGGUCCCCAGGGGGCCCCCGUCAGCCGCCGCCGCCUUCAAGGACCGGAUGUGUGUGGGGAUCGUGGCCUCGGCGAGAGCGGGUGUCGGAAAGUCUCUCUACGUGAAGCGAUUGCACAGAACUCUGCAGAAAAAGUUUCCCGGGAAGCAGGUGCCUCUCAAAGUCAUCCGCCUGCUGGACCCGCAGGUGGACGAGAGCCAGGUCCUGGGCUCCCUGCUGCCCUUCCUGGACCCCAAGUGUCAGACGAGCCCCGCCAUGUUCCACCUGGACGUGACCUCCUCGGUGCAGGAUGGGGUCUGGGCGUUUCUCUUCAAGCUCCUGGUGCUGCAGUACUUAAUGGACUCGAGCGGGAAAAUGUGGCUUCGGAGCCCGAGCCACUUAUACAUCAUCGAGAUCCUGGAAGGGCACACGGCGCUGCCUACGAGGUCUUCCAAGACGAGGACACGUGCCCCCCAGUUUCGUCUGCUGGACGUCUUCCCUAAGGUCACCUGCCGGCCCCCCAAAGAAGUGAUGGAAAUGGAGCUGAGCCUCAAGCGGCACUCAAGGGAGCCGGGCAUGGACCCCACCGAGUUCUGCAGCGAAACCUUUCAAAGACCUUUCCAGUAUCUGAAGCGGUUCCAUCAGAGCCAGAACCGGAACCUGGACACGUUCACGUACCAGAAGGACCGGGUGGAGGGCACCCCCCAGGAGUGCCUGCAGCACCUGCUCUUGUACUGCGGGGUGCUCGACCCGUCCUGGGCGGAGCUGUGCAACUUCGCCCGCUUCCUGAACUACCAGCUCAGGGACUGCGAGGCCUCCGUCUUCUGCAACCCCGAGGUGGUUGGGGACACGCUGCAGGGCUUCAAGGACUUCGUGGUGACCUUCAUGAUCUGCAUGGCGAGAGACUUCGCCACCCCGACGCUGCGCAUGUCGGACCAGAGCCCCGGGGCGCAUGCGGUCGCCAUGGACGGGGUCACCGAGGAGGACAUCGCCCCGUUCUCUCUCCGCCGGCGGUGGGAGUCGGAGCCCCACCCGUACCUGUUCUUCAACGGGGACCGCGUCUCCAUGACCUUCAUUGGCUUCCACCUGGAGCCCAACCAGACGGGCACCUUCGACGCCGUGGACCCCGAGAGCAAGAGGGUGAUCAAGAGGGACGUGCUGACGAGGGAGCUGUACGAGGGGCUGCGGCUGCAGGGCGUGCCCUUCAACGUGGACUUCGACGCGCUGCCCCGGCACAAGAAGCUGGAGUGGCUCUGCCUGGCGCUGGGCAUCCAGUGGCCUGUGGACCCCGACGACACCUACGAGCUCACGACGGACAACAUGCUGAAGAUCCUGGCCGUGGAGAUGCGCUUCCGCUGCGGGAUCCCCGUCAUCGUCAUGGGGGAGACCGGCUGCGGGAAGACGCGGCUCAUCCGCUUCCUCAGCGAGCUGCGGCGCGGGGGCGCCGACGCCGAGACCCUGCAGCUGGUCAAGGUCCACGGCGGGACGAGCGCCGACAUGAUCUACGACAAAGUGCUGGCGGCAGAGGCCCUCGCCCAGCUCAACAGGAGCGAGCACGGGCUGGACACCGUCCUGUUCCUGGACGAGGCCAACACCACGGGCGCCAUCAGCUGCAUCAAGGAGGUCCUGUGUGACCGCACGGUGGGCGGCCAGCCGUUGGCCGAGGACUCGGGCCUGCACGUCAUCGCGGCCUGCAACCCCUACCGCAAGCACUCCCCGGAGAUGAUCGCCCGCCUGGAGGCGGCCGGGCUGGGCUACCGCGUGCGCGCGGAGGAGACGGCGGACCGGCUGGGCGCCACCCCGCUGCGGCAGCUGGUGUACCGCGUGCACGCGCUGCCGCCCAGCCUGGUGCCCCUGGUGUGGGACUUCGGGCAGCUCAACGACGCCACGGAGAGGCAGUACAUCCGGCAGAUCGUGCGGAGGCUGGUGGGCGGCACCCCCAUCGGCCCCGCGGAGGAGAUCAUCAUCGCCAACGUGCUCUACGCCUCCCAGCGCUUCAUGCGGAGACGGGAGAACGAGUGCAGCUUCGUCAGCCUGCGGGACGUGGAGCGCUGCGUGCGGGUCUUCCGCUGGUUCUACGACCACAGCGAGAUGCUCCUGUCCCAGCUGGCCGCCUUGGCCGGCGAGCCCGGCGGCGCCAGGCCCGAUGACUCCGACCCUGACCCCGACUCCGACCCCGACUCCAACCCCGACCCCGACUCCGACCCCAGGAGCGACCCGGUGCUCUGGUCGCUGGUGCUGGCCGUCGGCGUGUGCUACCACGCCUCUCUGGAGAAGCAGGACGCCUACCGCAGAGCCAUCUGCAGGCUCCUCCCGCCGCCCUUCGACAGCAGCAAGGCCGUGCUGGACGCCAUCACGCGGACGCAGGACCUCUUCCUGGAGGGCGUGUCUCUGAGGAAAACGGUCGCCAAGAACCUGGCCCUGAAGGAGAACGUCUUCAUGAUGGUCAUCUGCAUCGAGCUGAAGAUCCCGCUCUUCCUGGUGGGCAAGCCCGGCAGCUCCAAGUCCCUCGCCAAGACCAUCGUGGCGGACGCCAUGCAGGGCCCGGCCGCCCCCUCGGAGCUCUUCCGGCGCCUGAAGCAGGUCUACCUGGUGUCGUUCCAGUGUAGCCCGCACUCCACCCCGCAGGGCAUCGUGGGCACCUUCAAGCACUGCGCCCGCCUGCAGCAGGGCCGGGACCUGGAGCAGUACGUGUCCGUGGUGGUGCUGGACGAGGUGGGCCUGGCCGAAGACUCGCCCCAGAUGCCCCUCAAGGCCCUGCACCCGCUGCUGGAAGACGGGUGCAUCGAAGACGACCCCGCCCCCCACAAGAAGGUGGGCUUCAUCGGCAUCUCCAACUGGGCCCUGGACCCAGCCAAGAUGAACCGGGGCAUUUUCGUGUCCCGCGGCAGCCCCAGCCAGAAGGAGCUCAUCGAGAGCGCCCUGGGGAUCUGCGCGUCCGAGCCCCUGGUGCAGCGGCGGAUCCAAAGGUACUUCCUGCCGCUGGCCAGAGCCUACGAGGCGGUGUGCGCGAAGCAGGACAAGGAGUUCUUCGGGCUCCGAGACUACUACAGCCUCAUCAAAAUGGUCUUCGCCGCCGCCCAGGCCAACAGGACUCUCUCCCCGCGAGACAUCGCGCAGGCCGUGCUCCGGAACUUCAGUGGCAAAGACGAGAUCCAGGCUCUGGACAUCUUCGCCGUCCACUUGCCCGAGGCGAAGCUCCCCGCGGCGGAAGUCAGCACCCCGCAGCUGAUCCGGCAGAACCUGCGCAGCGACCUCCGGAGGGCGCCGGGCGCGGGGCCCGGAGAUCCCGAGUCCCGCUACCUGCUGGUGCUGACCAGGAACUACGUGGCCCUGCAGAUCCUGCAGCGGACGCUCUUCGGCGAGGACCAGCAGCCCGAGAUCAUCUUCGGGUCCAGCUUCCCCCGGGACCAGGAGUACGCGCAGGUCUGCAGGAACAUCAACCGUGUGAAGAUCUGCAUGGAGACGGGCAAGAUGGUGGUGCUGCUCAACCUGCAGAACCUCUACGAGAGCCUCUACGACGCCCUCAACCAGUACUACGUCUACCUCGGGGGCCAGAAGUACGUGGACCUGGGCCUGGGGACCCACCGGGUCAAGUGCCGGGUGCACCCCGACUUCCGCCUCAUCGUCAUCGAGGAGAAGGACGUGGUGUGCGAGCACUUCCCCAUCCCCCUCAUCAACCGGCUGGAGAAGCACUACCUGGACCUCAACACGGUCCUGGAGCCGCGGCAGCGGCGCCUGGUGGAGGAGCUCAAGGGCUGGGUGGACAAGUUCACCGACGUCUCCGCGGGGCGGGCCCACGCCCGGUACAGCCCCUCCGACGUCUUCGUCGGCUACCACGCCGACACCUGUGCCUCGGUGGUGCUCCAGGUCAUCGAGCGGCUCGGGCCUGAGGCCCUGAGCCACGAGCGUUACCAGAAGGUCCUGGAGGACGCCAAGCUGGUGCUGCUGGACUGCGCCACGCCCGACGCCAUCGUCCGGCUCAGCGCGUCCGCGCUAGGCAAGAGCGCCGCGCAGGCGCUGUCGCGAGAAUACUAUUCCGGGCAGCAGCACGACUCCUUCACCGACUUCCUGCAGGCUCACCUCCGGGGGCCCGGCCCGGAGCACCACCCUGUCUUCACGGAGGUCACCACUUUCUCCAGGCUGCUCACCUGUCGCGACUGUGAGAUGCUGGGAUCGGAAGUGAACGACAGGGCCCUGAACCCCACCAUCCUGUCGCUGCAGCAGUUUGACACCGAGCACUCGUUCCUCAAAGAAGUUCGAAGCUGCCUGGAGAGCACGGCCACACGGAAGGUCCUCAUCAUCCAGACGGACUUCGAGGACGGAGUUCACAGUGCCCAGCUCAUCGCCUCGGCCAGGUAUUCUGCCAUCAAUGAAAUCAACAAGAUACAAGGAAAGAAGGCCUGCAUCUUUGUCUACUUCAUCACGAAGCUGUCCCGGAUGGAAAGUGGCGCGUCCUACGUGGGGUUCCAUGGAGGGCUGUGGCGAUCCGUGCACAUCGAUGACCUGCGGAGAUCCACGACCAUGGUGGCUGACGUGACACAGCUGCAGGACAUGACCAUCAGCCAGCUGUUUGACCCCCAGCCAGCUGAGGAGGGACUCGAGGCCAGGAGCGACCAGGAGGAGGCGAUGGAAGUGGACACAGAUGAACCCGGGGCCAAGGCGGGCAGGGAGGUGGACGGUUCCAAGGCCCAGAGAGGCCACAGGCCGGCGCUGGACUGCGGCAGCCUCCUGCGCAGCUGCAUCCAGAGCGCGGUGGGGCUGCUGCGGGACCCGGGCGAGCGCGGCCAGCGCAACGUGCGGCGCGUGGAGAUCCUGCUCGGCCUCCUGGGCGAGGACGCGGGCAACACAGGCAAAGCCUCCUUCGCGCGGGCGGCCCAGGUGCGCCUCCACCACCUGUUGCUGCGGCAGGAGGAGGGCUGCGUGCUCGGCAGGAAGGACUGGGUGGCGCAGGAGGCCUCCAACCCUGACGCCCUGCAGGAGGCCGGCACCUUCAGGCACACACUCUGGAAGCGGGUCCAGGGCGCGGUGACCCCUCUGCUGGCCAGCAUGGUGGCCAUCAUCGACAGGGACAGCAACCUGGAGCUGCUGGCCACGCCCGACGCCCCGGCCUGGGUCCGAGAGCUUUGGAUGUUCAUUUUCAAUGACAUUAACCUGCUGAGCAUCCCUCUGGUGACCAACGAUGCCCGGUCCAACAGCGACAUGGCCCACAUCCUGGUGCAGAGCCACGCGCAGCGCCCCGGGGAGGCCCGCGGCGCCGUCCCGUUCAGCUGGCGGAUCCGCGACUACGUGGAGGAGCUGUGGGUGCAGGCGCAGUACAUCUCGGCGGCCGCAGGCCCGGGACCCGGACCGGCCGGGAAGCUGGAGGAGAUCUUCCGGCAGACCCCGCUGGGCCGCUUCCUCGCCCGGCUGCCUGCGGAGGCGCGGCGGGAGCUGCUGCGGUCCUACCUGCGGGACUUCCUGCUCCUGACCAUGCGGGUGUCCACGGAGCCGGAGCUGGAGUUCCUACAGAUGGCCCUGUGGUCCUGCAUCCAGCAGCUGAGAGCAGGCAGCCCCGAGGAGCCCUCCCUCCCGUGGGUGCACCGGGCCUACCAGCACUUCAGGGUCCGGCUGCAGAACUUCUCCAGGAUCCUGACCAUCCACCCCCCAGUUCUCCACAGCCUGGCUGCAGCCGCCCAGAGCCAGGACCCGGCCGGACCCGAGAUGGUCCUGGACGCCUGGGCCGCCGUGGCCUGCACGGAGCUGCUGACGCGGGACCUGCUGAAGCCCAGCCCCCAGGCCUGGCUGCGGGCGGUGAAGAGCCUGGCUGUGCCCCUGGAGCUGCUCUGCUCCGAGGGCUACGUGCAGGGGCCGGCGGGCAGGGCCGGCGACCUCAUCCGCCAGGUCAGGGGCCUGUGGACGCGCAUCUUCUCGGUGGCGCUCUUCGUGGAGCACGUGCUGCUGGGGACGGAGGACCACUCGCCCGAGCUGCGCGCGCUGGUGACCGACUGCGUCUUCUCUCUGGACAAGUGUCUGCAGGGGAACUCGGACAUCAAGACGCUCCCCCCGUUCUCGGCGGUGAUGACCGUGCUCUGUGAGUGUAAGGACCGGGCCAGCAGGACCUUCGCUCGGUUUGGGAUCCAGCCGUGCCCCGUCUGCCUGGGCGACCCGCGCAGCCCCGUCUGCCUGCCCUGCGACCACGUGUUCUGCCUGGACUGCGUCAAGCAGUGGCUCACCGCGGGGCAGAUGGCCUGCCCCCUGUGCCUGACGGAGCUGCCCGACGGCUUCUCCCCCACGGUUUCCCAGGAGACGAGGGACGCCAUCGAGCAGCACGCCCGCUUCCGCCGCCUGUGCACCGGCUUCUUCGUGGACCUGGUGUCCACCCUGUGCUUCAAGGACAACUGCCCGCCCAGCAGGGACGUGGUCCAGGCGCUGCUGGCCCUGCUCUUCGCGGAGAAGACGCUGCUCCGAGACCCGCCCCAGAGCCACACCAAGUCCCUGUCCCCAUUUGACGAUGUCGUGGACAAGACGCCGGUCAUCCGCUCGGUGGUCCUGAAACUGCUCCUGAAGUACAGCUUUCCGGCGGUGAAGGACUACAUCCAGGACUACCUGUCCCUGCUGGAGCGGAAGCCGUACCUGGACAAGGACAAGACGGAGCUGUACAUGCUCUUCACCAGCUGCCUGGAGGAUUCCAUCCAGGAGAGGAGCAGCGCGCUCCCCGCCCGGGACGAGGCCACGGGCCUCCGGGAGGACGGCCAGUUCCUGGAGGCGUGUCUGCUCAGGGGGCGCCGCAGGGACCUCGCCCCGGAGGCCUCGGUGGAGUACCUGCAGGAGAUGGCCCAGAUCCGCCUCUGCCUGGACCGGGCCUGCGAGGUCCUCUCGGAGCUGCAGGGAGACUCGGAGCCGGCCGAGGCGCAGCGGCAGUUCCUGCAGCAGGUGGAGCACUUCUGCACGCAGAGCGGGAACGACUGGCACCGCGUGUACCUGGUGCGCAGGCUCGCGAGCCGCCAGGGCUUGGAGUUCGUGCAGAGCUUCCUGCAGGCCGGCCACCCCGCCCAGUGGGUGUUCCCCCACGAGGUCCUGGCGCAGCAGGAGGACCUUCUGGGCCAGAUGGACCGCUUCCUGGUGCACGGGCUGGAGUACAAGGCCGUCCGCGACGCGGUGGGCAAGGCCGUCCUGGAGAGCAAGCCCUCGACCAUCAGGGCCGCCCUGGAGGCCUGCAGGGGCUCCCAGGCUCACCAGGCCACGUACCUGCUGCUGGCGCUCUUCCGCGAGGUGGCCAUGCUGUACCGGGCCCGCAACACCCACCUGCACCCCAAGCGGGAGCAACUCGAGGCCCUGUGCAAGUCCGUCGAAGAAAGCCAGGUCCUGUCCUCGGACGCGAGACAUUUAGCCACAGCCCUUGUGACCAACUCUCUGCUGCUGCUGAGGACCGUGGGGCCCGGAGACGGUGGCCUGGCGGGCACGCUGACCGAGCUGGCCGUCCACGCCGCCGCCACCCUCCUCUGCGGGCGGCACAGGGUCUUGGAGCCUCUGAGGAACUUGGCCUUCUCCCCGGCCACCAUGGCGGCAGCGUUCCUUCCGACGAUGCCCGAGGACAUGCUGGCACAGGCCCGGCGCUGGCACGGGUUGGAGGCUGUCCGCUGGUACAGGUGUCCCCAAGGCCAUCUGUGCGCUGUCGGGGAGUGCGGCCUGCCCAUGCAGCAGAGCGUCUGCAUCGACUGCGGCGCGCCCGUCGGAGGGCAGGACCACAAGUCCAUCAGAGGGUUCACGGACGCCCAAAACGAUGUGGACAGAACUCGGACUGGCCACGUGCUGGGAAGCCCGGCCACCGGGGACGAGGCGGUGGUGUCCGACCGAGAGCUGGCCCCCGCGGCCUUCCUCCUCGCCCGGCUCCUCACUCACCUGGCGAUGCUCUGGGGAGCGGCCCACAGCCCCCAGGAGCUGACCCUCCUCAUCAAGCCCGCGGUGAGGGACCCGGGUGCCUUCCUGCAGCAGCACCUCCAGCGGGACCUGCGGCAGCUGAUGCGGACGCUGGGCAAGAGCGCGGACGACACGGUGCAGGUGGUGCACCUGGUGCUGUGCGUCCUGCUCAGGGAGCAGCACCCCCUCUCCGGCCGGGGGUCUUUCAGCUUCGGCGCCACCUUGUCCACCAAAGAGCAGAGGAACUCGUGGGAGAAGCUGCUCCAGGCCCUCGUGCUGCCUGAGCUGGAGCGUCUGGACAAAACCCUCCUGGAGGUGAACGGCCUCAUCAGCCGGGACGAGCGCAUCAGCUCGGACCCGGUGGCCAGGAUCGUGCUGGGGGACCCGGCGGCCUUCCUGCGCCGCCUGCCCCGGGCCAGCGCGCUCCACUGCUCCCGGACCUGGAGCUGCCGCGCCCGGCUCACCGUGGAGCACCUGCGGCACGUGGUGGAACAGAAGAACGGCCGGGAGAGCGUGCCGGUGCUCUGGAGGUUCCUGCAGAAGGAGGCAGAGCUGAGACUCGUGAAGUUCUUGCCUGAGAUCCUGGCCCUGCAGAGGGAUCUGGUGAAAUGGUUCCAGAAUGUUCCGGAAGCUGAGUUCCAGUCCAUCCGAGGCUUCAUUGACAGCCACGACUCAGGAGGCCUGAAGCAGCUGCUCCUCAGCCGGGUCACACUGUUUCUGUCCACAUGGAACAAGCUGAGGAGGUCGCUGGAGACCCAGGGCGAGAUCAAGCUGCCCGCAGACUACUGCCGCGCCGACCUGGACCUGGACUCGGACUUCGAGGUCAUCCUGCCGCGCCGCCAGGGCCUGGGCCUCUGCGCCACCGCCCUGGUCAGCUACCUGAUCGGCCUGCACAACGACAUGGUCUCCGCGGUGCAGCGGCUCUCCGAGGAGGAGCCCAGCUACUCCGUGGACGCCUCCGAGGUGGCCGACCUGCACGUCGUCAGCUACGAGGCGGAGCGGGACCUGAUGCCGCUGAUCCUCGCCAACUGCCAGUACCAGGUGGCGCAGGGCGGCGAGAGCCUGCAGGAGCUGGACCUGGAGCGGAUCCAGCGCCAGGUCACCGGCCGCUUCCUCCAGGGCAAACCCCGGCUCAGCCUCCGGGGCCUGCCCACGCUGGUGUACCGGCGCGACUGGAACUACGAGCACCUCUUCGCCGCCAUCAAGAGCCGGGUGCCCCAGAGCCCCCUGCCCCACGCGGCCGCCAGCGCCCUGGGCGGGCAGCUGCAGUCCUACAGCGACGCCUGCGAAGCUCUGUCCCUCGUGGAAGUCACGCUGGGGUUUCUGAGCACGGCGGGCGAGGACCCGGACAUGGACCUGACCGUGUACCUGCAGGACAAGCUGCGCAUGGGCGACCAGACCGAGCAGGUGGCCAAGGCCCUGCACCUGCACCCGUGUCGGCUCCGCCACAUCAUCGCACUCUGGCAGCUUCUCUCUGCACACAAGUCUGAACAGCUGUUGCGCCUGCAGAAGGAGCCCUUCAGGGAGAUCAGCGCCAAGUACCAGGAGCGGCUCAGCCCCAGAAGCGCCAAGCACCUGCGCGCGUUCCUGAACCAGAGCUGCCUGGACGUCUUCCUCCUGGAGCUGCACGAGAUGAUCCUGCUGAAGCUGAAGAACCCCCUCACCGAGGCUGACUUCAAGGCCGACUGGAGCCUGAGAGACACCCUAGUCAGUUACAUGGAGACGAAAGAAGGCGACAUCCCCCCCGAGAUGGAGGCUCAGUUCCCGGAGGACAUACUGCUCUGCCACUGCGUCUCUGCGUGGAAAACGGCGGCUGUGCUGAAGCGGGCCCGGCAGACGAGAUAGAGCCCACCCUCAGGGGCUCCGUGUCCUCGUCUGUCCGUCCGUCCGAGGAAGGAGCAGACCUGGGCUUUGAAACUGGGAAUGCACGGUGUCGGUGCGGCGUGGCUCCGGCUGCAGCCUGGCACCGCUGGGGGAGCACUGCCCGGCGCUCUGCCCGGUCAGCGGGACCCCGGUGACCUCGGUCCCUGCGGUCUCAGCCGAGGCAUAAGCAGACUCAGGAAGGACACGAGGCCGUGAAGUUUCCAGAAAAGUGCCCGAGGACUCUGGUCCCUGCCCUGCCCUCGUCCUGCUGUCACUGGAAGUGAGGUGCCAGGGGCCUCAGGACUACUUCCCACUCCGGGGGGCCCGGCACCCACGGCCACGGCCACAGCCACAGCCGUGGACAACUCAGGGAAAGACCUUCGUGCACAUUCCAGGAGCGAGGGAGGCCCCAGCUCGCAGGCGGGCCCGUGGGGAUGAGAGCCACACGGCAAGAGCCGGCUCCGCCCUCGGCCCCCACCGGCUGCAGGUGCCCCGCGUGGCCACUCCGGUGCUUGGUGAGCGGGCAGUGACCCAGCCGCCCUCCUCUGCCCGCACUCGGCCCUCGGAUCCUGCAAAGGCCCUCCAUGCCGUCCGCACCCGGGGGUGGGGGCCACUUCAGUCAGGGAAGGGGGUUCCAUGCACUAGCAGCUCCUGGAUCCCCCAGGCCUGGAGUGACGCCGCCAUGGUGGCCAUCGGCGCCACGCAGGCUCCUCACGGCGCCACGCAGGAGCCGAAGGCCCUCCUCCUCUGGGGGCCGGGGCAGGGCUUUCUCCCCACUUUUAUGAAGGGUUUUAUUAAGACUUUGUACGCUGUGCUUUCAAAGCCUUAACUGCCAUUGCCCAGCACUGUCUGGUUUGCCUCUGGCCCAGCACACACAAAUGUAAGUUUGUUUAAUAAACGUGGGUUUGGAUCAAGCCAGAGUCCUCUGAGGGGCAGGCCCUGCCUUCGGCCGGCGCCCUCCACUCGCUGGGGGCGGGCUCUGCUCGCUCUAGAGCUGCCCAUCCCGGGGAAACGGAGCCCGGCUCAGCACGAGGGUGAAGCCCUCGGGCAGGAGGACGGCAGGGGCUGCGCUGCCCGAAGCAGGAGCCUGGGCCUCAGAGGGUGCCCUCCAGCCCUGGCCUGGGCAGGAGUCCGGCUCGCAAAGGACUGUGCCCUCCCCUGGGAACGUCCCGGCAGACACUGGGACUGAAGCCUGGUGAAGGCAGGUGCCCGCCACGGGGUUCAGGGCGAGUCGCACCCGGAAACAGCAGAGGUGGGCGGUGCUACGGCUCCCUGCGGGAGGGAGGGCUGCAGCAGCCUGGGCGCCAGGAGAUGGGGCAGGGCCCAGGAUGUCUGAGCAGCGGGUGGGUUCUUGCCCUGGCCGGUGGCUCAGUGGUUAGAACCUCCUGCCGGGAAUCAAGGGCUCCACCCUGGGAGGCGCUUAUGGGAAGCAACCAAUCCAUGUCUCUCUCCUCGCCCCACUCUUUCUAACAAGUCAAUGG